AUGAACUUUAUCUUCAAGUCGAAAUCGCGCACGCCGCAGGAGCUGGUCCGUCACUUGCGCGAUACCAUCCUGCGUCUCGAGUCCUGCUCCCCCCUCGGCGGCAGUAGCUCGUCCAACUCGCUCAACAAUCACUACGCCGGUUCCGGCGCCUCGUCCUCUUCGUCCUCCGGCGCUUCUGCAGCCGGCUCUUCCUCCUCGUCAGGAAUCACUUCGUCCAGUUCUGGCGGUGGCAGUGGCGGGUCUUCGUCAGAAGCGAAGCGCAAAGCGGUCGACGAGAUCUCCAAGACACUUUGUCAGAUCAAGACCAUCCUCUUCGGCGAUGGCGAUGCGGAUCCGCAGCCGGAGCUCGUAGCCCAGCUCGCGCAGGAAGUCUACUCGCACGACGUGCUACAGCUCCUCGUGGCGCACAUCUCCAAAUUCGAAUUCGAAGCCAAGAAGGAUGUCUCGCAGAUCUUCAACGUGCUGCUGCGUAGGCAGAUCGGCAGCCGCUCCCCCACCGUCGAGUACCUCGCCACGCGGCCGGAGGUGAUCUUUUUGACACUGCGCGGGUACGAGAACCCGGACGUCGCGCUCAACACGGGAAUGAUUCUGAGGGAGAUGCUGCGUCACGAACAACUCGCCAAGAUCCUGCUGUACAGUGACCGAUUCUACACAUUCUCCGACUACAUCGAAACGACGACGUUCGGCAUCUCGUGCGAUGCCUUUAGCAAUUUCAAAGAGACCUUGACUCGCCACAAAGCCAUGGUCGCCUCGUACCUCGAAUCGCACUACGACCGCUUCUUUGCCACAUACACCACGCUGCUUCAGUCGCCCAACUACGUGACGAAACGUCAAUCGCUCAAGCUCCUGGGCGAAAUCCUGCUAGACCGCACCAACUUUACCGUCAUGACGCGCUACAUCAGCUCGGAGGACAACCUCAAGAUGAUGAUGAACCUCUUGCGCGAUAGGAGCAAGAACAUCCAGUUCGAGGCGUUCCACGUGUUCAAGGUCUUCGUCGCCAAUCCAAAGAAACCGCCGCAGAUCGAGAACAUCUUGCGGAGGAACAGCGAGCGCCUGGUCAAAUUCCUUAGCGAGUUCCACAACGACAAGGACGACGAGCAGUUCGUCGACGAGAAGCAAUAUGUCUUGCAGAUCAUCGAGGCGACGGGCAAGAGUGCCGUCGGCGGGCCGGCGACGGGAGGUGGCGCAAGCGGCGCCGCCGGUGGGGGCGCCGCGAUCGGUGCCAAGUAG